AUGGGAAGCCUGCUUUCUGCUGCGCAAGACGCGGAAGUCGAGGAGUCUGUGAGAAGUAUCCCGAGCCCCAUGGAUGCGUCGUCAGAGGGCGCCAAGUGGAACUUGAGACAGUUCUUGCGCGAUGCAAGUGGUCGCCUGUCGGAUUUCUACGAGCGUGAAAGAGACCUUGGGGAAGGAGGCUACGGCGAGGUGUUCCUGGCAAGGCAGAAGAUUUGCGCUGGCUCUGCAUCCGAACGUUCCGGGCGCCUUGCUGCGGUAAAGCGCGUGCGGAAGCCCAACGUGGAGGCAGGUCUGGACGAGGAGGGAGCCGACUCCGAGGCGGCUCUGUCGGAGUUCCGGACGGAGGUUGAGCUUAUGAAAUCCCUCGACCAUCCGUCCAUCUGCCGGCUUCUCCAGGUCUACGAGGAUCCCAAAAACUUGUACCUCGUCAUGGAGCACAUUCAGGGGGGAGAGCUGUUCAACUACGUGGUGGAGCGGGGUCAGCUCCACGAGCACGAGGCCGCUCGGGUGAUGCGUCAGAUUGCAUCUGCACUCGAAUAUUGCCACGAGCAGGGCGUCGUUCACCGCGACAUCAAGCCAGAGAAUAUCCUGGUGGUCGCGGAGGAAGGCGAUGAGUUCACCGUGAAGCUCAUUGACUUCGGUUUCGGCAGCCGGAUCUUGGAAGGCGUCAAGCUCCGGGCAAAGGUCGGCACCUUCGUGUACAGUGCCCCAGAGAUUCUCAGAGGUGACCUUUGUGACGAGAAGAUCGAUCUCUGGGCUUUGGGCUGCGUCCUUUUCGUGCUGCUGUCGGGCGACUUCCCGUUUUACGGCAACGAUACGCAGAGCCAGAUCCUCUCGGGCAAGUUCGAGCUCGACCAUAAGUGGUCCGAGGUGUCAUCAGAGGCAAAGGACCUCAUCACACAGCUUCUAUGUGUGGACGCUGCGAAGCGCUUGUCGGCCAGCCAAAUCUUGCAGCAUCCAUGGCUUCAGAAGGCCGCUCCGCAUCUGAAAAUGGAAGCGGCGGCCCUGCAACAGAUCGGAGGCCUCGAGACGUUCCACAACCAGAACGUUUUCCGCCACUUGUCAGCCGGCGUCCUCGCGAAGCAGAUGGACGAAGGGGACUUACACGAGCUUCACAAGGCCUUUUGCGCCAUGGACAAGGAUGAGAACGGCGUUGUCACCUUCGCCGAGUUCAAGGAGGUUCUGAAGGAGUUCAAUUUGAACAGCUCCAGCCAUCCGGAGCUCCAGUUGGGCGCCGGGAAGAUCAGCGAGAUCUUUCACAGUGUGGACUUAGAUGGCCGUGGAGUGAUUGAUUACACUGAGUUUGUGGCAGCUUGCUUGGAUCACAAGGUGGAGCAAGAAGAGGGCAUCUGCUGGGCCGCUUUUCAGGUCUUUGACAAGGACUGCAGCGGCACAGUGACGUACGAAGAGCUCCAGCAAGUCUUGAACAGCGCGAGCAUGGAGGAAUCCUUUUCGCCAGAGCUGCGGAAGCAGCUUUGGCAAGAGCUCACGGGCGGCGACGAUGACAACCAGUCGGUGGUCGUGGACUUUGACCACUUCUUGGCCGCCCUUC